GUGAAACACGCACAUGCCCCCGGUGCCAGAAAUCCACCGACAGGUCAAGCAAGCGGAGGAGUAAGGACGAACCGAACGCGACGAGCGGGAGGGCGGCAGGGCACUGCUAAGGUGGCUCGGAGGAGCAAAGGCGCUUGAGCGAAGGAGGUGGAGAGGUACUGAGGAGGCGUCGUGAGGUGCCUGCUGGGACUUGGCGUCGCCGCUGCAGUCCCGCGCCCGCCUGACUGACUGGCUGACAGCCUCCUUUGCCUCUUCCCUGCUCGUCUCUCUCUGACUGUCCCCACUUGGCAGGGGCGCUGCCCGGCUUCUCCAGAGCUCAGGAGGGCAGGCAGCAUUUGACUGACUGGAAGUUUCGAGCCUGAACGAGGCGGACGCGAGCACAGAGCGCCUCCGGCCAUGAACAGCUCCUGGACAGAGAAUGGCACGAGUAGCCUCUUCCCUUUCCCGGAGCGCGGGAACUCCACCACCACCAGCAGCAGCACCACCACCGACGGCAGCAGCGCCAGCCUCAGCCUGUCUCCGCCGAUGGCGCCCACUUUCUUGUCCCAGCUAGACGGCGGCGGCGGCGGCAGCAGCAGCCCUCCGUUCUGGGACACCCCGCUGAACCAAGGUCUCAGCGUCUUCGUGGGGCUGGCUUUGUGCGUGACCAUGCUGGGCUUGGGGUGCACGGUGGAGCUGAGCCAGCUGGGCGCGCAGCUGAGGCGGCCUCUGGGCUUGCUGUUGGCGCUGCUCUGCCAGUUCGGAGUCAUGCCCCUCGUGGCCUUCCUGCUGGCUCUCAUCUUCGCCCUCGACGAGGUGGCCGCCGUGGCUGUCCUGCUCUGUGGCUGCUGCCCCGGAGGGAACCUCUCCAACAUCGUCUCCCUCCUGGUCGACGGGGAUAUGAACCUCAGUAUCAUCAUGACCAUGUCAUCCACCUUGCUUGCUUUGAUCUUGAUGCCCCUUUGCCUGUGGAUCUACAGCCGUGCCUGGAUCAACACGCCACUGGUGCGUCUGUUGCCCUUAGGUGCUGUCACCUUGACCUUGUGCAGCACUCUGCUCCCAAUCGGCAUCGGAGUUUUCAUCCGGUACCGAUACACCAGGUUGGCAGACAUUCUGCUGAAGGUUUCCUUGUGGUCUCUCCUGGUGUCCUUGGUGAUCCUUUUCAUCCUGACGGGCACCAUGUUGGGUCCUGAACUGCUAGCCAGGAUCCCUGCCACUGUCUAUGUGGUAGCUGUCCUUAUGCCCUUGAUGGGUUAUGGAUGUGGCUAUGGUAUAGCAACACUAUUUCGCUUGCCGCCUCACUGCAAAAGGACAGUGUCACUGGAGACUGGCUGCCAGAACGUACAACUCUGCACAGCUAUACUCAAGCUGACUUUCCCUCCACAGCUCAUUGGGAGCAUGUACAUCUUUCCUUUGCUCUAUGCCCUCUUUCAGGCUGCAGAAGCUGGUCUAUUUGUGUUGGCCUACAAUAUAAUUGGCAAGGAUUUCUACAAGCAAGAGCCUCUAGGAGGGGAAGAAGAAGAUACGGAUAUUUCUUACAAGAAACUCAAGGAAGAAGAAGUGCCAGAUACUUCUUAUGGCACAGUGACUGCUGAGGACCAUGGCUUGGUGCUCAUGGAACCUACACAGACUGCCCUUUAGAGGAAGAAAAUACUUGGAUGAAUGGGACAAGUGGUGUAGCAAACCAGUCAGCCAAGGGGGAUGAGGAGAGAAUGACACCAAGCAAUUGUUUUAAUCUUGAUUCUUAAGCACCUUCAGCAUACAAGGUUUGUAACCAUGCUGAUGUUUUCCUCCCUGAAUAAGAAGUUACUUGUGACGAUUUCCCUACCUGCUAUAGCAAAAUAUUAAUGUGAGCCAUCACCAUAAACAUAAUAAGUACACUGAGAUGCAAACAAGAAACAAUGCUGCACAUUGAAAGGAAAGGUUUUCUAUGGUAAUUUUGAGGCCUAAGGGGGGAGGAGAGGAAAGAAAGAGAACAAACGGGAAAUGUUGACUAUAUUUGUCAACUGUAACUGAAUGUCAUCAACUACAUUUGCUGUUUUAAAAAACAAACAAACCUGCGUAUCUUGCAUAUCACUCAGCUUCUAUGUAUGUGGAAAGGUUGAACUAAUGUUGUAUACGUACCACUGAUUAAAUUCUUCCAAAGAUACCAA